GGAGAGCAAGAUCACCAGGCUCCUUAGCGAGUCCCUGGGGAACCUUAACUGCCGCACCACGAUGCUCGCGCACGUCUCGCCCAAGGCAGCCCACUACAGUGAGACUCUCCAGACAGUCCAGCUGGCUUCCAGGAUACACCGCAUGAGAAAGAAGAAAGCAAAGUACUCCAGCUCAUCUGGCGGGGAGAGUUCUUGUGAGGAGGGUCGCAUCAGAAGACCGCACUUCCGCCCGUCCCGACCGCUCAUCUCUGAGUCCGUCCGGGAAGACGUUGCCACGACAACGGGCCUGGGUAUCAGCGACAAGGACGACGUGUCGAGCAGUGAGCAGUCCUGCGACACGGUGAUCUACGUGGGCCCGAAUGGAGCUGUGCUGAGCGACAGGGAGCUGACGGACAACGAGGGUCCCCCUGAGACUGUGCCCAUCGUGCGCAGGGACUACAAGCAGCAGAGAAAAGAGUGUCAGAUCGUUGAGGAGGACUGCGAAAUAACGGAAAGCAAAGCGGCGCCGUCGUCGUCGCCACUGUUCAGCCCCGACUCGGAGAACAGGAGAAACUUGUACAUCGAGGAGGAGAACAAGGAGAACGAACCCAGCCAGGUUGUCUUCGAGAAACCCGUGGAGGAGAGAAUGGAGCAGGAACCUGCCAGGGAGCCACAGGACAUAGUCCUGGAGCCCGUCACAGACAAUGGCAGCGAUUAUGACUUUGUUUGCGAAGAAGCCGACGCUGAGAGAGACUCCAGACCGGAAGAGUCCGCGCCCGCCCCUCAGAACAAUCCUGAGGAAGAACUGCCUCCCCUGGAUCUACCGGAGCCUACCUCAUCCCUUCCCGAGCCUCUCAGCGAAGCCACUGAGUUCCUGGAGUCUCUGUUGAAGAACGAGGAUCUCUUCACCUCCUCGGAAUCUAUCUCAAAUGCCCAGCACAGCGGGGAGCAGACGCUGUCCUCGCUGGACGACGGCAGCGAGUACAAGUCCAACUCCGUCCUCCUGAACGGGAACGUGCACCAGUACUACUCCAUCGUGCCAACGUUUGAGGACGAAAGCGACGACGAAGGGUUCACGCCUCUCACAAAGCAGCCAACAAGCAAGGAGAAAGCUGCUGCUGCUGACUCCGACGCGAACUCCUUGACAGAAACCCUGGCCCAGCUAGAAGCGUUUCUGACUAAGGAGGAUUUGAUGGUGGAGAGUUUGCAGCCCAAAGAGGAGGAAGCGUCAGCACCUAAGCCGGUACCCUCCCCAAGAAAAACCUCAAACAAACCAAAGCCAGUUCCCCCACCAAGGACAAUCACCCUGCAGAAUAGACCGCCCGACCUGUCCUUCCCGAAACCGCCCGACCUCCCCGUACCGCCGGAGCCACAGUCAACGAAACGCGUCGACAGCCGUAACAACAAGCCUUCCCCACCCGCCAACCCACACGACCUCGUCUUCAAGUCGUCUGACCUGCCCAUGAGGCUGGAAGACGACAGGUGUUCGCUGGACAGCAUCAGCAUCAACAGUCUCCUGGAUGGUACGGAGGAUGUGAAGGACGAGGGCAGAACGUCGCCUGAUGGGGAGUUGGAACGGUUCCCCUUCGAGGACGACAUUCCCCUGGACACUACGACGGACAUCUUGGGGAGAAAGUUCGACGGCGCUCCUUCUAGACCCCCGGAUCUUAUCAGCGACCUCGGAGACGCUGACGACCUUCAAAAGUUUGACAAGAAGGACAGACCCAUCAGCGGGGUCAGCGAGGACAGUGUCAGUUCCACCAAGGUCGUGUUGCCGGAAUCCCGCCCACUGAGCAUGCUCAGUCAGGACUCUAUCGAGCUUUACGUGCCCCCACCCCCUCCCAGCGCUCAGGUAUCGCUCAGAGCGACCUACACGCCGCCAACAAACGUCACGGCCUUAACGAAGGAAAAGCUGGACGCUCUUGAUGAUGCAAGUUUCUCUCUUGGAGAGAGAAGACCAUCAGAAACCUCUAGCAAGAGUUACAAAUCAAAUCAAAUGGGAAAUACGAAGCAGAACAUGAGACUUGGGAAAAGGACAUCUUCGAGUAGUAGUUUGAGAAGUACAGGAAGCCAUAGCUCUCACAGUAGAAACCAUGCUACCUCACAAAGUAGUAAGUUGUCAUCAUCACAUCGAGCAGAACUUAAGUCAAACAUAAGUGUGCAUUCCAGAAUAACACCCAAGUCUGUGAAUGCCUUGUCACGUUCUCAAGCUGGAAGCUCUGGAAGUGUCAGACCGUCGGAGCCCAGCAUCUGUAGAGUACCCUCCUCCUCAUCUCUGUCCAAACAGUCGGUAAGGUCGAACAGAACGAGAGAGCUAGCUCUCACAAGAACUGCGAGCGACGGCUCGAAUUCGGACGGUGCGAGAAGCACCGCCAGCGAGAGAUUACCAGGCAGCAGGCCUGUCAUGCGACCCAAGGGAUCUGCGUGUUCCCUCCCCGCGUCUCCGACGAAAUUCACCAAACUCUCCAGACCCAGCCCUGCGGGGUUGGCGAGAGAGGACAGCAGGCCGAACACGCCUCCGUCAAAAAUCCCCGGUAAGCCCAGCCCCCCUCCCAAGCCGAGCCAGCUGCCCAAACCGUCGUCCAGCCCGGUGUCGUGGGUUCCAUGCUCUACCUCAUCCUCCAGAUCUGCCGCAAAAUCAGCUCCCAAAGCCGAGCAGAAGCCGCCCAAGCCUCCCCGAGUCAGCAGCCUGGGCGACGCCAGGUUACGCUCCGGAAGCGCCUCCUCGAAAACCAGCAUGUCGUCCGCCAGAGAGGCCGUCUCCGCGAAAAACAGAAUACCCUCGCGGUCAGCCAGCACCAACGGACUUUCAGCAGGAAACGUUUCUGCGAAGCCCUCCAAGGCGGGUUCCAAGUUGCCCGUCCCCAGCAGUGUCCGGUCAGGAAAGCCCCUGCCGUCUUCAUCAAGCAAGUCUUCGCUCCAGUCAUUCCAGCCCCCCAACAGGUCUGCCCAGCAGGCUGGUGGCAAGGCAGGCAGCUCCUCUGGUAAGGCAUCCGCCGCGAGCAGUAGAACUGGGCAGAAGGCGACGCAGGCACUGCAGAGCAGGACUGCCAACCUCCCCUCUCGGAAGGACUCCGCUUCGAAGGUCAACAACACGAGGGUGUCCGAACUGUCCAAGGAGAGCCCCGCCAAAAUCCGGUUGUCGACGGACUCAGACAGCGGCAAUGACAGCGGGAUCCAGAUUGGGGACGAGAAGUCUCCGAAGCCCCUCGUGUCUCCGUACUCGACCGUCACAGCGCCGCGACCGUCCCACCGCUCGAGCAGUGGGCACGGCAGCGACGCCAGCUCCAUCCUCAGCGGAGACAUCCCCCCUCCCAUGAAGCCCGGCGUGCUCAACUCCGCCAGCGGAGGCGCCAGCAGCGGGUACGAGAGUAUGAUGCGAGACAGCGAGGCCACGGGGAGCGCGUCGUCCAACCAUGACUCCAUGAGCGAGAGCUCUUCUGGCCGGAUCAAAACGUCAGGGGUUGGCACUGGGUCCUAG